AUGACGGUUGACAAAGAUGGCAUGAACAUGUCCGUGGAGACAUUGAAGGCCUAUGUACAGAAGAAUCACCUUCACAAGAAAAGGAAGUACAAGGAUAUUGACGAAAUUCAUAUCCGAGAGAAGGAACAACCGAGACCGAGCAUGAAGAGGAAAACUACGGGACAUAGAGACGGGCUUUGGUUUGGCCCAUGGACCUUGGAGACAGCCCUGGAGAAGUACUAG